AUGUGGGAGGUCGUCUGGACUGAUCCCGACAGGGAGUCCAGAAAAGAACAUCGUGAGCGCAAAGCCACGGAAAGAGAGCAGAAGGAUAAGGUGCGCGCGACUAGGAGUUCCAUGUCUACUCGAAGCUCGUCGUCAUCCGACAACAAGCCGUUCAGUUUUUUCGGAUCUAAGAGUCUUAAGAGGACACUGACCUCGACCACUAAAUCAACAGCCCUCAAGGCACCAAGCAUCGACAGUGCUUACAGAGGCUCGCUGCUCUCAGCAGUCUCGGGGCCACCCCCAUCCGAGGCUCCCCGCAGUCCCAUCACCACAGCCACUACCGUCGAUCCAGCCUUCCUGCCAGAGCACUACAUCGAGUCCUCACUAAACUCACCAAGCUCGUCCAACCGAGACUCUGUGUUCUCAAAGUGGACAGACAACUCCAUCUUAGCCCCGUCUUCACCCUGCAACACUUCAGUCGCGGAAUCCAUGGCUGCUAAGGCGUCUCAUUAUGUGCAGGCACUCGGACCUACCUCGUUUAUCACAAAGAGCACCGAAGUGACUAUUUUGCCACGAACGAUCGAGAAUGACCUCGCCGGGAUGAUCUCGCACAUCUCUAUCACAGCAGAGCCAGUCAAGGAGGAGCCUCCAACACCUCCUAGGUCCCCGGCGAUUCAAAGACCCCAAGUGCCUAUUACUCUCGACACUCCCGUCAACCUCUUCCCGGGACAGCCAGUGCCAAAGAAAUCCCUCCGAAGAGUACCUUCCUGGACUAUUGCCUUUAAACCUAACAACCCUGAUGCAUGGAAACCACCUGAUGCCUGGGACUGCGGCCCUCCUCUAGAGUUGCAAAAUCACAUGCACAAGAAGACAAUUCAGGAAAAUUCAGAAGUCGAGGGUGAACUUUCCAUGUCGUUGGACCUCAAUGGGAUGCAACGUGAGGUGAGGCGUAUGGCUGCCGCGAGCUCCAGCAUUCGGCUGUUACGCUUGAAGGAGGUAUGGGGCGACACAAGUGACGCCAGCCUAUACAAGGAACUUGAGAUGGAAAAGAAGAGAUGGAUGCUUUCUUCGUUACAUAACAUGGACAAGCCAAUCAAUCUGGACCAAACAAGGAACACCCCCAACAAGAUAACACCUGCUAAAGCGAAAAAGGUUUUAGCCCUCUACGAGACGCAAGCAACAACCUCAUACCUGGCCGCUCUUCACUUCAACAAACAAGUCUAUCAUUUAUCAUCCGGUCCACUAUCGCACACCCUUUUUCCUAACAUCCACCCGAUCCACGUACCGGCUAUUUCGCCGUCGGCGUUCCCUGUGGCACAGUCGCUGUUUGGAGCUGUCUAUUCCCUUGCCCUUCCAGCGUUACUUCCAUCCCCAGAGGUUCCCGGUCUUCUCAAGAACGUCCAUCGAUGUCUCUCUGUCGGCGGCACCUUUCACCUAACCUUAAUCGAUCCGCUUCCCAUUACCAGUACCUUAGGGCCUCGCAUGCGUGCAUGGGUUGAAGGCAAUCUCAUCUUUAACUUAGAAAAAAACUUCCGUUGCAUGAACCCAAGCAAGCUCUUUCCUCUCUGGCUGGCAGAUGCUUCCCUUCGUGCUGAAGGCAGUACCAUCACCACAGUGAAGUUUUUCGCCAUGCCGCCCGCCGGUAAGCCAGAUACAGCCACUACCGACGCCGAGCAGCUUGCGGAGAGAGCCGUUAAGCAGGAGCUCCGCAGCCUGGUCGGGCGUAUGCUUUGGAGAGAAGUUUGGGGUCAGUACAUCACUGCUGACAAGUGGUGGUGGGAGCACCCUGACAUCGUUGAAGAGUGUGCUCAGCUGAAAACAGCAUGGGAAUACAGCAUCAUAGAGGCGGUGAAGGAUGCAUGA